AUGUCUCAACGGCCAGUUAUCGUAAUCGCUGGACUUGCUUCAGAUGUCGCAGAUUGGAAGGGGGCACUUAUAGGUCAUGCCCUUCCAGGGGGAAUCGUGGUACGAGAUGAUUUCGAACAACUUUCCAGAGAAAUCCUGGAGCGGUUGGCUGCAAUCGUCGCUUCAAACCCCAUCGACGGAUUAUGGUACGAUAUUCAUGGCGCAAUGUGUGUUGAUGGUAUGGAAGAUGUGGAAGCAGAGCUUCUUCGGCGGAUUCGAAGUGUCAUCGGCCCAGAUGUUUUGGUCUCGGCUUCCAUGGAUUUGCAUGGGAAUGUGUCAAGAGAGCUGGCGCAUCAGACUGACCUAAUCACUUGUUAUCGUAUGGCACCUCACGAGGACGCCAUGGAGACCAAAGAGCGGGCGUGUCGCAACCUGAUCGACGUUUUGACAUCGCGAACCGACACUGGAUGUAGAAGACCGCUGAAAGCAUGGGUCCCAAUUCCUAUCUUGCUGCCGGGAGAGCAGACUUCGACUCGCAACGAACCAGCGAAAAGCCUGUAUUUGCUCGUUCCCGAAAUUGAAGCAAUGGAAAAUGUCCUUGAUGCAGCCAUAUGGGUUGGCUAUGCAUGGGCCGAUGAGCCAAGAAAUCAUGCCGUAGUAAUGGUCACUGGAUGGGACAAGGGUGCUGUCACUACAGGAGCGAAGCGACUUGCGUCUUUGUUCUGGCGUGUUCAUAAGGACUUCCAUUUCGUUGCACCCACCGGCUCUUUCUCUGAAUGCAUUGAUAACGCGCUGGCAUCCUCGAAUAGGCCCUUCUUCAUCUCUGAUUCGGGCGAUAAUCCUACCGCUGGCGGAUCAGGCGACGUGACCUUCGGAUUAAAUGAAUUGCUCAAGCGAGCGGAGUUUGCAAAAGAGACCACUCCAUCUGUGAUUUAUGCCAGUAUUCCAGGUCCCCAGGCAAUUGACGUUAUAACCAAGGCUGGUGUGGGCACUACAGUGACGGUCACCGCCGGGGCACAGGUGGACAAUCUGCACGCUGGGCCCGUUACUAUGACCGGACGGAUUCAUUCCAUUAGGUAUGGAGAUCCCGAUGCCGAAAUUGAAGCUGUUUUACAGGUUGGAAGUGUGUUUACCAUCUUAACCAAAUUCCGAAAGCCAUAUCACCAUGAGAGUGAUUUCGUUGGUCUUGACCUUAGCCCCCGAGUUACAGACAUCGUCAUAGUCAAGAUUGGCUAUCUUGAGCCAGAGCUGUUUAAUAUGGCAGCGGACUGGAUGCUUGCUUUGACCCCUGGCGGUGUUGAUCAAGAUCUACAGCGUCUUGGGCAUCAUCGCAUCCUCCGUCCAAUGUGGCCCUUUGACAAAACGUUCCAUAGGGCCCCUGACCUCACCCCACGGUUGAUUCCAUUAUCAAACGAGGACUUGGGAACGCCCCAGGGAUGA